AUGGCAUCACCAGUCAUGCGUGUUACUUGCAAAACACACAGCCUAACCUCCAUUGAAAAAUUCUAUGUGGAUGGUCUAGGACUAAAAAAAUUCUGCCCUGUGCAGAGAAUUGAUGAUCGUGAUGGUUUGACCUUGUGCCUCCCACAUGGGCGCUGGCAGCUGGUAUUCACACGAAAACAUUCUGGUGAUGCUGAAACUUUUGAACCACCUAAUGACUUCUUGUAUCUUACGUUUUAUGAACCGGAUAAGGGGACUUGGGAGGGUGUUGUGGAGAGAAUGGAGAAAUCUGGCUAUGUACCGAUGGACAAUGUCAAUGAUUCUUGGCAAAAAGGUGAGUUGAGGGUUGAGGACCCUGAUGGUUGGCAUAUUUUAUUUCAUAAUGAAGAUUGGCCUAUGGCGGAUGCAAUCGAGAGGGAUGUUUGA